CAAAUCGGUACUAACGGUGGUAUCACUCGGCAUAACUUUUGUUAUUAUGGUACAUUCAAAGGUUGAGUUUACGAAUGUUAAAUGCAUUUCCCUUGAUAAUUCAACUGCGUACUUCGAUAUUUGUCUAAUAAAGGCCGUUAAUCGCACCUACAAACACUUGACGAUAAGUGCAAGAUUACCGAGAAAACAACCCACUAACGACAUAAAGAUUAACUUUGCCAUGCUGCGAAAGGAAAAUGGCUACAAACCCUUUCUAUACAAUAUAACCAUUGAUGCUUGUAAAUAUCUGAAAACACGCAACAACCCGGUCAUUCGCUUCGCACAUCAGUUUUUCGAAAAAUAUUCCACCAUCAAUAGAACCUGCCCCUAUGGACAACAGGAUGAACUGCUGGAUAAGCUCCCAGUUUCUCACAUCAAUCAUGUACUUACGAACGUGCUCCCAUACCCCCAUGGAGAUUAUGCUUACCAAAUGACUUUCUAUUUCUCUAAUAUAAAGGUGGCCAUUAUAACGGUGUAUGGCUCCUUAAUGUAAAAAGAGACUUGGUCCACAGAAGUCCAACAGUUAUUUCAAAUAUAUUCUGUUUGACAUAUGCA